AGUAGCGGCCUAACCGCGGUACCAACCCGACGUUUCAUCAUUGUGACGUCAGUAUCGUGCGCAGUUUUUCCAAUUUUCCCCACUUUAUAAGUGAAACUUAUCUAGUUAUCCCCUCAUUUGUGUGCAAGUGUCUACUCUAGUGCCCUGUUUAGUGUAAACAUUAAAGGAUGCAUGAAAACAGUUGAACAACAAGUUUGUGGAUGCGCUCAAAAGUUUACAGGAGCCGCUCGAAUAUUUUUUCAAAGUAAAGAAUGUGGAGACACAACCGGUGAGCGAUGGAGCUAGACUAUGAUGACCUGGCGGCAAACGUGUCUAAUGUGACGGUGAAGGCGGCGGCCUACCGCGAGCCGGAGUCACUCGACCUGCUCGUGCCGCUGACGGUCACAUACUCCAUCAUCUUCGUCGCUGGCAUCCUCGGCAACACCAGCACUUGCGUCGUCAUAGCGCGCAACCGCUCCAUGCACACCGCCACCAAUUUCUACCUCUUCAGCCUCGCCAUAUCCGACCUCAUCCUCCUAGUAUGCGGCCUCCCCAUCGAACUCCACCGACUCUGGAUCCCCACCACCUACCCCUUCGGCGAAGCACACUGCAUAGCGAUGGGCCUCGCGUCCGAGACCUCUGCAAACGCUACCGUCUUGACAAUAACGGCUUUCACCGUCGAGAGAUAUAUAGCCAUUUGUCGACCGUUCAUGUCGCACACGAUGUCGAAAUUAUCGAGAGCUGUGCGAUUUAUCGUCGCUAUAUGGGUGUGUGCGUUAUGCACGGCUGUGCCUCAGGCGAUGCAGUUCGGCAUCGUGUCGUAUAAAGAAAACGGACAGAAUGUGAGUGCGUGUACUGUGAAAGGACACGGUGUGCACCAAGUGUUUGUUGUGUCUAGUUUCGUGUUUUUCGUAGUGCCUAUGUCGGUGAUAUCUGUGUUAUAUGCGUUGAUAGGAAUUAAAUUGCGUACGUCACGAGUGUUGCAUCCAGCCAAGAAACUGUCGGUUGAGAGUAAUGAUCGCUCGAACAGAAGUGUGCGGUAUAGGAAUGGUGCAUCACAGCGACGGGUCAUCCGUAUGUUGGUGGCUGUGGCGCUGUCUUUCUUCGUGUGCUGGGCGCCAUUCCACGUCCAGAGGCUUCUCGCUAUCUAUGGGAAGAGCUUGGAACAUCCAAGUGAUAUGUUCUAUCAGGUGUACAUCGUGCUGACUUACCUGUCUGGUGUGCUGUACUACUUGUCGACUGCCAUCAACCCCUUCCUCUACAAUAUCAUGUCUAAUAAAUUCCGCAAUGCCUUCAAGGUCACGUUGUCGUCAUGGUGCGGGCGAAAAAGCGUGCCAGGAUUGGGGCGAACAUACAGCGCUCUACUCGCGUCACAACGAGCGCGCGUUCCAGGGGGCGCGGUGUCAGAGCGCGUGCGCGGGCCGCGACGGCUGUGCCGGCUCGCCACUGCCACCACGCAGCUGUACGACGCGCCGGCGCGAGCGCAGUGUAUGAACGGGCGUGACUUGUCGACUGUGAGCGAGUCUCCGAACGGGAACGGGCACUGGACUCACGCGUGGAAGCUCAGGAUGAACGAGCCUUCGGACUCCAUCGGGUCUCCUCGCAGCAUCAGCAACUCGAGUCUGCGGGAAGUCGACGAAGAGUUGACAGGAGAAGAGCUGGCUACGUACAUGUACCAGGUCAACUGUGAUAUAGGUGGACUCACCUGACCCGACACGACGGUGUAGCUACCUAUUUUGUGUAGCGUUAGCGCGUGAAGAUUUGAAACUCAUAGCACUCCUGUGUCAGUCUUGGACACUUUUGAUACUGUCAGUUAGAACUUGCUUCCAAGAUUUGAUAUUCACUACUAUGAUAAUUAUGUGUUUUAGGUGCAGUAGAGAAUAUUAAAACGUAAAUUGCAUUAGAUAAAGUGCGUUCUUCGUUCCCGCUCGUCCUAAACGUUCUUGCGUGAAACAGUUGAUAAAAAUUGUUAAUGUUGGCUUUAGAAUGAAUUCCAGUGAAAAUAGAUUUAUCAAGUGCGAUGUAUUUUAUAAAUACAUCCUCAACAAACCUGAGUGAUCAUACAAUGGUGGGAAAAAAUGUAUAUACGUAUACGUAUGUAAUAAUAUAUUACCAGUGAUGAAUGGUAUUUUUAUAAUAAUAUGUGAUCUAAUGUGUUGCUGUUUUUUGUACAUGAAUGACUAUUUUAAAAUAAACACAAUUUCUCAUUGCGACACAUUCAACUAUGUAAAUAAUUAAUAUAAAAAACAAAGUACUUAUAAGAAAAAACAAAUUAAAAUUUUCGCCUUAAAUAAAAAAAAACUUUGUAAGAAAUUCACGACAAAAGAUGUUAUUUACGAGUAUCUCUGUCAGACGCUUGAACUUUUAAUUGCUAAUUGAAGUUCUGGAUAACUGCAAUUUAUUUCAAUAUUUCAGAGGAAAAUUUAGUUAUGUUUGAAAAUAACCGAGAACUUCUGUUGUAUUCGAUUUGGAAUCAGAGUCACAAAAUUUCAGUUAUUAUUUCGUUAAUAUUAAGAAAUAACUUUAAUAUGGCUGUUAAAGUUACCAAUUAUAAGUGAUAUUUUAGUGUUGUAGGUUACAAGGCAUAAAAAUAGUAGGUAGUCAAUUAUAAAAUUGCUUAAAAAAUUGCCUCAACGUUUUGGGCCUGUCUUGCCACACGAGUACAAUACUCGCAUGGAAAAGCAUUCUAUAGAAAAUAUAAAUAUUAUACAGAUCACCUAUAUACCAUACAUACCUCAAUAUCCAGAUGAAAAAGCAUUUAAGAUCAAUAACUAAAAGCCCCCGCUCCGCCGACAGAACAUUUGAAUAAUUUAUUUUUCGUUUGCAUAAGACAUCUGUGACAGAAAGUGACGUUCUCGAAAGAAAUUCGAGACCCUUCGAGACAAAUUAAAAUUCUUCUACCCAACUUAGUUGGUCGCUAUUGACAAGGGUAAAGAGACUGGUGACACAGUCUUUCACCGAAAUUUCAGUAACACUGAUUUGGGGUAAAAUUGAAUUGGUUAUGCAAGAUUAAUCCUUUCUUAAGAAUUUGUAUUGCAAAUCGGUCAUUUACUCUGAUGGAUGAAUAAAUGGUAAAACAUCUUUUAAAUAGGAAUGGGUGGCGCCAUCUAGCGGGUUUUGAAGAAACCAUCGUAUAACGAUAGAGGGUACAUAUACAUGAACAAAAACUGUCUUGAAAAUCAUGUCAUAUCUCAGAGUCAUGUAGUUAUCACGUUUCGAAGAUAUGAGGGUUGGAAGAUCGUAAGAUUUUAAAAAGAAAACUAACAAUCCACUGGCAUUAUGCCAACCUCCAUAGUAAAAAGUUGGGAUCCCUUACUUUUAAUGAUUUAUUAGAAGGUCAGCUACAACAGUGCGAUUAUUAUUAAAGCAUUGUUUUUUUCAAAUAUAGAUGAAGUAUAACGAAUGAACCUUUCGAUUAUAAAGUUAUGACAUUAAGCUGCUUGCUACCUUACUCGAAUAAUAAAUAUUAGGCAGGUAGGUAUCUCAAGUUAGUUUUAAUGUAGUUAGCAAACAAAAUUGUAGCGUUUGUGUUUAUAACACUAUACUUAUGUAAGAAAUUACAAUAAAUCUCUUUUGUUUCAAGUGUAGCUUUUUAGAAUCGUGGGUCUUUUCCAUUUUUGUUUUCUAGGCGGUUUUAGCAAGGUUCCCAGGUCAUCGCCACGUGCAGUAAGAUGAAGGAUUAUCGCCAAUAAAAAUAUUAGUUUGAAAACUAAAACCCAACUACGGAAAAACGAUGAAACAAGAAAAUUAUAAGUUUUCAAACUAAAACCCCACUAUAGAAAAAUCACGCUCUGAAACGUAUGAAACAAGAAAAUAAAAGGUAUAUUUUUAUGAAAUUCUUCCGAAUACUUAGUGAUGUUUAGAAGAUAGCCGUGGUCGUAUGGAAAUCUGUCCUAAGACUUUGUUUACCACGGCUAUCUCCUAAACAUCACUAGUAAUGAAAAGCGAGAAUCGUGUGAGAAAUGUACGUGGGAAUAACUGAAUCAUUGUUUCGCACAAAAUGUCAAGUGAUUUCAGUUGGAAUUUACAUGAUGAAACUGAAAUAACUUCUGUGUAUAGAAAUGAGUAAAUAUUUUCCCGCCUUGCCGCAUUGUUUCCCCACGCAUUUCAACAUAUUUAUAUUUGGAAUAAGAAAUACUUUUUUAACUACAACGUACCGUAAGAGAAGUAUAGAAGUCAUCACUAAUUUAAGAGCCACGCUCUUGUCGGUGUAGCAUUCCAUUGCUUCUUUUUAGGGAAAAUAUACGAGUAGAGCAUCUAUCUCGCCUUCUGCCCACUUCGCUCUGUAGUAUAGAAGUACACAGGCAAAAACAAAAUACGUUAUAAAUACCCUGAAAUCACUUGAUAUGACAUGUAAUAUUACCUACCUGUCGGAUAACACGUAUGGUUGAGUAAUAGAAAAAUAGCUUAGCUUUUAUUUUUUUCUACAGUGUCUCAUAAUGGUUUGCAAAUUGUUGAACAAAUGCAUUUCUGAACGUUUAAAACUGUUUAAAAUACAUUUGUUGAAUGUAGACUAGAUAAAGUUUCCGAUCGACGUUUGGAUUCGCUUUCCCAACUUUUUCCUGAGUUAUUGCCUUUCGAUGUUAAAGUGGCGGCCUAACUAAUCGGUAUUGAACUCUAUAAUAAAUGGUGCUGCAUUUUAGUGGUUAUCCAGUUUUUGUGAAUAAAAUGUGAGGGUGUGUUUGUGCUCGAUCUGAUAAGCGGUGCAUGGCCGGGUAUAUCCGGUGGUUUAUUUAUUGGCCUCCAGGGUUAUUUAUACUCUAUUCACACUUGUUUAUGUUGCGCGAAGUUGGAAACUGCAUUUAAGUACUAUUCAAAUGUUCUGCUUUUGGUAUCGCAAAGUCAUGGAGUCUUCUGAUUUCAGUUUAAAUGUCGACUUUUUUCCUUUCGCAUUAGGUAUGCUACCUACUUUAUAAUGCAGUUUGUAAAAUGAGAAAAGUAUUGCCUUUAAGUCUCUUUGCACGUAACUGGUGUUAACACGUCCUUAUGUUAAUUUAAUGUGUGAAAUGUUGGGCUUUACCUGCUUCGCGUCAAAUCCGGCUUUGGGUAAAUUGUUCAGAAGUAAACUCGACUUAUUCUGCUUAAUACUCAAGACGAUUUCGUACACAUGCCUAAAGUAUAUCAGAUUUACAUCAUAAUUGUACAUAAUAAUAAAGUAUAGGUAUGUUUAUUUUGUAAUAAGUUGCCUUGCCAAGUAUGUGCUAAGCACAAUUAUUGAUUUAAGUUGAUUGUCAAAUGGUUGUAAAAUAAUAAAUUUUACAGCUUCAAUGAGUAACUAUAUAACGUAAUUUGAUUGAGUGUAUACUAUAUAAGUAAUAAAGUUAUUGUAUUGGUAUGUGGAAAAAAAAUACAGAACAGUGAAUAUUGGUGGAUUGAUUAUAUUACUCAUAAAAUUGGUUCACACCACGCAGUUGACACAUUCUGGCAACUUAAACGUUUACAGUUUUUCGAUAAUUUUUUUGAGCUUUACCGUAUAACAAUAACGCCAUUUUCGCUUAAGGUAUGAAUGCCGUCUGAAGAAAACCAUUUAAUCGUAUUUGUUUUAGCUCAUCACAAAUUGCAAUGUUCUCCAGACCAAGACAAUCAUCCCACUUAAACCGACGCCUUACAUAGCAAAAAAUUGUAUUCGAAUAGUUAUUAAAACUCAUCGUGGUUGUUGAAACAUUCGUGAAUGUAUGCCAAUGUUUGUCAACAUCUGUGUGGGAACACAUUAAUGUUAACUUUAAUGCAUUUGAAAUGUCCUUUUCGUUUAAAAUAGCGUGUAUAUACUUAGGUUAUUUCACUGUAUAGUUUCUAAUGGUUUGUAGGUAUAAUAAUAUUAAUUUUGGUAAAAAAUAAAAAUUAAAUUAAAUUUGUAAAUAGAAACCAAAAAUAUUUUUAUUACUCAAUAAGUUUUAUGAAUAAAAAUGGAAGUGACUAUGUAAUAUAUUGUUAGAAUAAUAUUGAAUUGCAGAUCAAUAAAUGCAUACU